ACUGGGGCUCCCCCGGAAAUUCAUUGUAUUGUAAGUACUCCUUCCGAUCAGAACUUCAAAAUUUAAAGCUGUCCAGUCUUCUACAUCAUCAUGGGUGGCUUCCGCAUCAUUCUCAUUAUCCUGAUCUGCCCAUUUGCUUGGGAGGUCCUAGCCGAUUGUAGGAUAACCCAGAACAUGGUGGAGCAAACGAAUCGCAUUUUCACUUUUCGCGAUGCCAGAGGAGAUCUCCAAUUGCAGCGGCGGGAAAUAGUUCCAACGGGGGUCACCCUUCUAAUGUACGCCAAUCCAUCCGAUGUGCUGGAGACUCAGUGCCUGGACAGUGGAGGGUUCUCGGUUGGCCUCCCUAUGCAGUGUGCCAAUCCCAUGAUGCCAGCUGUGUCCAGGAUGAGGGAUAACGGGUGUCCUGGCACCAUCUUUUCCGUGGGCUAUACCAUUGAGGGCAGGGUUCUGGAGCUCUAUCGCACCUGCUUCGAUGCCGGGCAUGGAAGGGCUUUGUACUCUCAGAGCGAUGUCUACUACAAGACCUUCUUUCCCAGGCGACCAUUUGUGGACUUUGUGGCCGAUGAAAUGUUCAGUCCCCGAGAAGCAGCCGCUUACCUCAAGUCCAACAUAUACUUUGCGUUCAGAGCCAUCUAUGGCGAUGGGCAGUCGUACUUGCCGAAUCCUCGUGCCUUGAUCAUUAACCGAGGACACCUGGUGGCCUCGGCGGACUUCCUGUUUCUGGACCAAAUGGGGAGCACCUUUCGCUACCUGAACGUGGUGCCGCAAUUCAAGUCCAUCAACGAUGGUAACUGGGAGAAGAUAGAGCGUUGGGUGCGCAGCCAGAUCCCACCGUCCAGUUAUUUCCGGGUAAAGACCGGCGGCAUCGGAAUUCUGACACUACCGGACGCCAAUGGAACCUUCCGGCCGGCGUUCCUAGCUGGAUCCACGAUACCUGUUCCGGAGUGGACCUACAAAGUGGUUCGAGAUGCUAGCGGCAAUGGCCUGUACGUGUUCCUAACGUACAACAACACCUUCUACACGGAUAGGCCGAAGGUCCUGGACAUUUGCCAUCCUGUUGGUUGCCCCAUGAGCUUGCCAAAUAACUCCUAUGAGGGAUAUACCUUCUGCUGCAAUCCCAAAAGUUUCCCACUCUAAAUCAGCGAUGAUGCAUAUUUCAUAGCUUCCCAUUUUCGGAAGGACUGCGCCCAAUUAUCCUGCGUAAUAAUCGCUUUAUAAAUAAUUCAGUAUUUUUAUUUAACAGACGCAUGUUGGUAGAAAAUUGCGGAGACCAGUGCACUGCGGAUAAAUUUUUAUAUAUUUUUUAAAUUAUAAACUGGGUGGAUCUCCACUUUCUCCAAAAUAAAAACUAUUAAGAAACUCUGAA